UGAAUUGAAUAAGUGAAAUAAGUGAUCUGAAAUGACAUUCUAACUAAAUUAAAAGUGCCCGAUAGCUGUGUUCCUGCUCCGCUGUAAAUGUGGAGGUGGUCACCAUCUCCCACUUGAUCGCGGAUGAGGAAGCAGCAGCGCGUCCCCCGGAGAGCGCCCGGUCUGUGGCUGGCUCGGCUCCCCUUUUUACGCAGCCAAAUUCAGGAACAGGAACAGCGACUAGUAACGUCAAACUGCGAGUUUUGCCAGACUCCGUGAAGUGCGCAGAAACACCGGAAACGGGACCAGAUGGUUUUUCAAUCAGCCGCCUGUUUAGGUUAAAAUCAGUUUCUUUUUGCGUGACUUUUGCGCUUCAGCCAUAAUUAAAAGAGUAAAUGGGCGUAUACGAUAAAGAUAAAUUAAGCUUGACUCAUUUCAACAUGCUUCAUCUAGUGUUGUAAGUCUUAAAUGGAGUUUUUAUUUUGAAAAUUAUAGCGGAUCGAUGUGGGUCAUCCCCCGCCGGUGCGCCGCCCUCUCCGUGUGUUCACUCCCUUCCCUCUGUGGCUCUGCGUUGACGGCUGCGCUCUGCUCAGUCUGCCGCUGCACAUCCACCGCGGAGCCACCACGCCGCUGAGGCGGACUGAUCGUAGCUGAGCUCGGCCAGCGGUGCUGGGUCAAAGCGCUGCUGCUGCAGGAGGAGGAGGAGGAGGGAGGGGAGCGGCAGCACACUUCUCUUCUUUCCCCCUCCUGAAACCGUGCACAGCUUCAAGGAUUCAGGACAUCAUCACCUCAUCGCGUCCUGGAAUAGUUUUUUUGCUGUUUUCUGUCUAUUUCUUUUUCCUUUUUCUUUUCUUUUUUUUCUAAUUUUUGUGCUCUAAGAAGACGCACAAAGUUGCAGCUGCAGAGGCGCACUUUUCUCCGAGGCUCUUCUCCUCCUUUCUGCGCUCAUAAAUCCGACAUGGAAGAUGGUCCGUCUUCAACAAGCUGUUUCAGAAGGUUAACGGACUGUUUCCUGGGUGCAAAACACGAUGGAAGCGAGAAGGCCAGUACAAGUGAGAGGAAAGAAAGUCAGGAAGCAGGCUUGACAGAUGAGAAAGUGAAGGCCUACCUCUCGCUGCACCCGCAGAUGCUGGACGAAUUUGUGUUGGAGAGCGUGAGUGCUGAGACGUUGGACAGAUGGCUGAAGAGGAAGACCAGCAGCAGGCCUGCAGAUGACACAUCAACUAAAGAAGUCAGCAGGCAGUACCAGGACACAAACAUGCAGGGUGUGGUGUAUGAACUGAACAGCUUCAUGGAGCAGCGGCUGGACACUGGAGGAGACAACAAACUCCUGCUCUAUGAGUUGUCCAACAUAAUCAAAACAGCAACAAAAGCUGAUAGUUUUGCACUUUAUUUCUUGGGAGAAUGCAACAAUAGUUUAUGUUUAUACACUCCAAGGGGGGCCAAGGAUGGCCGUCCAAGCCUCGUCCCGUCUGGCCCCAUCUCAUACGGGACAACCAUUGCCGCUUACGUUGCCAAGACUCGCAAAACACUGCUAGUGGAGGACAUCAUGGGGGACGAGCGAUUUCCAGACGGCACAGGGCAGGACUCAGGGAUCCAUGUUCACUCUGUCCUGUGUCUCCCCGUCCUCACUGCCAUUGGGGACCUCAUCGCCAUCCUGGAGCUGCAUCGGCACUGGGGCAGGGAGCCUUUCAACCUAAGACACCAAGAGGUUGCAACAGCAAAUUUAGCUUGGGCAUCUGUUGCCAUUCAUCAAGUACAGAUGUGCAGAGGCCUUGCCAAACAGACUGAGCUUAAUGACUUCCUACUAGAUGUGUCAAAAACAUACUUUGAUAACAUUGUGGCAAUAGAUUCUCUACUUGAACAUAUUAUGAUAUAUGCAAAAAACCUGGUGAAUGCAGACAGAUGUGCGCUCUUCCAGGUAGAUCACAGCAACAAAGAACUGUACUCUGACCUGUUCGACAUCGGGGAGGAGAAGGAAGGCAAACCUGUGUUUAGGAAAACAAAAGAAAUAAGGUUUUCCAUAGACAAAGGAAUAGCUGGCCAAGUAGCUCGGACAGGGGAAGUCUUAAAUAUCCCAGAUGCCUAUGCAGACCCACGGUUCAACCGAGAGGUAGACCUCAAAACUGGCUACACCACGCGGAACAUCCUGUGCAUGCCCAUUGUGAGCAGGGGGACUGUUAUCGGCGUGGUGCAGAUGGUGAACAAGCUAAGCGGAAGUGCCUUCACUAAAACCGAUGAGAACAACUUUAAGAUGUUUGCUGUCUUUUGUGCUCUGGCCUUACACUGUGCAAAUAUGUACCACAGGAUCCGGCACUCUGAAUGCAUCUACAGAGUGACGAUGGAAAAGCUGUCCUAUCACAGCAUCUGCACAUCAGAGGAGUGGAAGACCCUCAGCCAGCUCAACCUUCCUGAACCCAUUUACAAAGAAAUUGAAACGUUCCAGUUUGACAUCAGUCCCUUUGAGGAGAUCUGGCCGGCCGUCUUCAUCUACAUGGUUCACAGCUCCUGUGGAAAGUCCAGCUUUGAGCUGGAGAAGCUCUGCAGAUUCACCAUGUCGGUACGGAAAAACUACCGCCGUGUGCCCUACCACAACUGGAAGCACGCGGUCACAGUGGCGCACUGCAUGUUCGCCAUCCUGCAAAAAACCACGGGGAUCUUCACUGAGCUAGAGAAGAAGGGUUUGUUGGUAGCCUGUCUGUGUCACGACCUGGACCAUCGAGGUUACAGCAACACAUACCUGCAGAAGUUUGACCAUCCACUGGCUGCUCUGUACUCCACCUCCACCAUGGAGCAGCACCACUUCUCCCAGACUGUCUCCAUCCUGCAGCUGGAAGGGCACAAUAUUUUCUCCAACCUGAAUUCCAGCGAGUACGAGCAGGUGCUGGAGAUCAUCCGGAAGGCCAUCAUCGCCACCGACCUCGCCCUCUACUUCAACAACCACCAGCAGCUGACGGAGCUCCUGACCACCGGCGGCUUGGACCUGAACAACCAUUCGCACAGGGACCGUGUGAUUGGUCUGAUGAUGACAGCAUGUGACCUGUGUUCUGUUACCAAGCGGUGGCAAGUCACACGACUCACAGCUAACGACAUCUAUGCUGAGUUCUGGGCUGAGGGAGAUGAAAUGAAGAAGAUCGGAAUUCAGCCGAUCCCUAUGAUGGACAGAGACAAGAAGGACGAGGUUCCCCAGGGCCAAGUGGGAUUCUACAACAGUGUGGCAAUUCCAUGCUACACGACACUUACGGAGCUUUUCCCUCCAUCUAGUCCACUCCUAAAUGCCUGCAAGGAGAACCUGAAUCAUUGGGAGCAGAUAGUUCGGGGGGAGGAGGAGGACGUUCUGCCCAGCCGGCCCAGUGAAUCAGGCCCCGUCAAGGUGGACAACUGACUACCAAAGGGGUCUCUGACCCAACAAAGAAACAUGCGAAGUGAAUCCUGCCACGGCCCUAGACAUUUAACGACGGGGUGAAGGAGACGGGGAGGCACCACGGCCUGCGUCUGCAGGAGUUUGACACGCUGAAAGCGGCUUGACUUUUGAAAAACACACAGUUACCUCAUCGGGUGACGGAGGUGUCCACACUGACGGUUUCACCGAUCCCAGAGACUGACAGACAUCGGUCGGGGAGGGAUCUCAGCCCAUCACCCUGCGUCUUCUCAGCUUGGGAAACUAUUUGAUAGAACGGCCUUUGAGUCAUUUCCUGUAUUUUAUUUUUGGUUUUUGUUAUUGUUUUAAUUAUUAUUAUUUUUGGCUUUUUCUUGUCGUUUUCCUUAAUUUGAACUUGUUCCUGUUAUGGUCUUGUAUUUGAAGAGGCCUUACUCUAGACCUUCAACAGGCUAGGAUAUGUGAAUUUUGCUUUUCAGUUCAGGCUCCUUUGAGAUGGUACUGUUUGCCUUCUGUGUUGAGUUUAUUGCACGUGCACUACUUCAGCAAGUUAUUCCCAGAGACAGAAGGAAUGUGUAGAGCAGAUGUCUGGUGUAGCGACACCUUAUUGAGAAGGCGGACAUUAGAAUGUGUUUGCAAUUACUUUCUUUUUUUUUUUUCUUUUUUAGCAAAUAUCCUUUGCAGUACUUGAAUAAACACAGCCUGUUCUAUGUGGAGAUUGCAGAAAUCCCCCUAGAAACAUGGAUGAACUGUGAUGUUGACGUUGGUGAACAGUCAUGAGAGAGUCACAUUGUUUAAAGUGUGAGGUGGUCCCUGCAGCUCCUCACCCCUCAGCAUUUAGGAACCAGCUGCAUCAACAUCUUUCUGAUCACCAGGAUCCAAACCCUGUUCGUUUAUUUUAAGCCAAGACUGCAUAAUCAGUAAUUUGUACUCCCUUCUCCUUUACCGCAUUAUAAAUUGCACUUGUGUUCAAAGUAAAAGCAGUGUGUUUAAAAAAAAAAAAAAAAAAGGAGACUGACGCUCUAAAUUUCUUUUAAUAGCUUUUUUCCCCCUCCAUACAUACAAAUUCAUUGGGAACAUGGUGUAUUUAAUUUAGAAUCAAAAUAUGCAGAAAAACGUACCAAAUUUAGAAUCAUUCUACGGAAACAGACGGAAAGAAGAUCCUUUAAAACAAAAUAUUUUCUCUAUUAUCCUUUUAUAGAUUGAACACGCUUAAAGGUUUAGAUUUUUCUGAUACUUAGCUGCGCUUCCAUUGUUUCUGAAAACUCCUUCACAUCUGCGUAUGUUGCAUGGAGCCGACCCACUUCUACCACCUGUGAACAGGUACUCCAAUCAGGCCGCAUUCCUCAGUUUUGCACAUUUGAUGUCACUCAAUGAGUUUUCCAUCAGAUGAAGUUCCCGGGUUUUGGACUGUUGGUUAGAAAUCCAAAUGCUGCCCAGUUAGAACUGCUUCUGGAGUUAUUGUUUUGUUGACUUUUUACCUCCUGGAUUUAUUUAAAUUGCAAACUAAUUGUAAAAAAAAAUAUGAAAUUCUGGCAUUUGUGUCAAAGAGAUUCUAAAUUAGAGAUUAUUCAUUUGAAUGUAGUCUUUGCAAUAGAUUGAAAUGUUUUUAAUAUGCAGAUUAGUAGCCUGGUAAAAGCUGGCUGGAGGCGUGGAAUCCGUCUUUAAAUUUUACCCAAUUGCUAACGUUUGCCGGUUCUAUGCAAUGAAGCUUACCAGAAAUUACCUGCAAAUUAUCUUCUUACCUGCAAGAGAGAAGGGCCAAUCCGAACGAAGCGGCUUUUAAAUGUUAAUUUAAUAUUUGGAAGCGUGACCAAAACGGACUGGACAACUUUGUUCCUCCGCUGCCAUUGCUACAACUACAGGCAGACUGCAAUUCUGGCCUCAAGAUGGCCUCAGUAGCCAUCUUGUAGUUGUUCUCACGGGUAACGGACGGCUUUUUAGAUCACACUGGAGCUGAUCAGUCGGCUUGCUCAUGAAUCGUGGCUUUUUUGGCUUUUCUUUGAUGCCUUGGACUGGUAGUUUCCCCAUUUUUAACCAUAUUUCUUGUUUUGGUUUCAAUUUUAAAACAGUUGAGAAAACGUUUUAGCCAAACAGCUUGUCGUUUUCUAUGCCUUUCUGUUUUCCCUUCUCCUGUUGACUUUUUCAUCAAACUGUGUCGUUCUUAAUUUUUGGAAGUUCUUGAAUGAUCACACUUCUUUACACUCAUUUUAUUUUGAACAUGUCAUCAAACACAAUGCAUGUCUGUUGAUGUUGUUGCUCUCCUACAUCCACUACGGCAUUAUUUGCCAUGUAGAAAUAUGAUUUCUACCAGAAACAAGGAGAGAUCUCAUUAAGGGAUAAUGUACUGCUGUUAUUUUGAACACAACUGUAUUUCACCUCAGAAAGCACAUAAACAACCGUUCUAUUCUUUUAAAUGGACAUGCAGGAAUAACACCAAACGAUCACAAACACCAUUAAAGGCUUCCUAUGAUUUCAACGAA